AUGCCAUAUAAAUCCCGCUGGCAAAUCAACGUGCCCAACACCCACCUCGCCUCUCUCCUCCUCACCUCCCCCACAGCACCACUCUCCCAAACAAAACGAUGCUACCUCGAAGCCGCCCGCCCAGACACCCACUACUUCACGCCCCAUGAUUUCCGCCUCUGGAGCCAACGCUUCGCAGCAGGCCUGCGCAAAGCCGGGCUGAAACCCGGUGAUCGCGUCCUCCUCUUCUCUGGAAAUGACCUGUUCUUCCCCGUCGUGUUCAUGGGCAUCAUCAUGGCCGGUGGCAUCUUCACCGGUGCGAAUCCAACAUACGUCGCCCGUGAACUAGCCUUCCAACUGGAAGAUAGCGGGGCGAAGUUCCUCAUCUGCGCGGCGGCUAGUUUAGAUACCGGUAUUGAAGCUGCGCGGAUGGCGGGGAUGCCGCGGGACAAGGUCUUUGUCUUUGACAAUGCGAUUUAUGACGGCCAAGGCCAGGGACAGAAGGGGUGUGCUUACUGGGGUGAAUUGGUAGCCUCGGCAGAGGAAGGACGCGGGUUUACCUGGGAGGAACUGAACACACCUGCUUUGGCGGAUACAACACUCGCCCUGAACUAUUCCUCCGGCACGACAGGACGACCCAAGGGCGUGGAGAUCACGCACAAGAACUACGUCUCAAACAUGCUGCAAUACACACACAUGGGCACAUUAUACCCGGACUACGAAGAGCGACGGGCUCGUGCACGCUGGCUCUGUUUCCUGCCCAUGUAUCACGCCAUGGCGCAGAAUAUCUUCAUUGCGGCCGCAUUAUACCGACAAACCCCCGUUUAUAUCAUGCCCAAGUUUGACUUUAUUCGGAUGUUGGAGUAUACGCAGAAAUUCCGGAUUACGGAUUUCAUUCUUGUGCCGCCGGUGGUGGUGGCGUUGGCUAAGCAUCCGGCGGUUAAGAAUUAUGAUCUAAGCAGUGUGGAGAGUGUGGGGAGUGGUGCGGCGCCGUUGGGGAGGGAGGUUUGUGUUGAGGUGGAGAAGUUGUGGCCGGAGGGGAAGAUUAAUAUCAAGCAGGGUUGGGGGAUGACUGAGUCCACAUGUUCCAUCCUGGGCUGGGACCCAAGAGAGAAGAGUUUCUCUGCCUCUGUCGGCGAACUAAACGCCAACUGCGAGGCAAAGAUCGUGGCCGACGAUGGGGUCACCGAGAUCCUGGAGCGCAACCAGAGAGGCGAGCUGUGGGUGCGCGCACAGAAUGUCAUGAAGGGGUACUGGCAUAACCCCAAGGCAACAAAGGAGACUAAGACCGAGGAUGGAUGGCUUCGGACUGGAGAUAUUGCCUAUGUGGAUGACAAGGGGAAGUUCCAUGUCGUGGACCGGAUGAAGGAAUUGAUCAAGGUCAAGGGCAACCAGGUUGCCCCCGCCGAACUGGAAGCACUCCUCCUCGAGCAUCCAGCCGUGGCAGAUGUAGCCGUCAUUGGCGUCACAAUCAACAAUGACGAACGACCCCGAGCAUACAUCGUCCUCAAACCCGGUCAAUCAGCCACUGCCGAUGACAUCGUCCACUUCAUGGAUGGCAAAGUCUCGGCAACCAAGCGGAUCACCGGCGGGGUGGUUUUCCGCGAUGUGAUCCCCAAGAAUCCCUCCGGCAAGAUCUUGCGCAAGGUGCUGCGGGAACAGGCGGUUGUGGAGCUGAAGCAGGGAAGUGUCAGUGCUAAAUUGUAG